AUGCCUGAUCUAAUGAGAGGCUCCUUCAAGACCCGCUCGCAGGUCAAACUAUGGGCUCAUCUGGUAGCAUUGACACUAGCUAUUUGCGUAACAUCCAUCGCCGUGGCACGCAUGUUCAUCACGAAUAGUCAGAGGAGAGCUGCUGCUGCAAACAGCGUGACGGGAAAUGGAGGACAGAGGAGCAUGUCUGGGCAGAUUGCACUGAGCAUGGCUGCCAAAUCUAUCUUCUUCAUAACAUACCAACUUAUGGCGGAUCACAAAGUUUAUUUCAAGGAGAGGCCGAGAGUAAACAUGGUUCUCAACCUCAUUGAGGCUGUCGCUUGGCCAGCAGUAGUGGCUUUCACAGUCCAGGGUAUCUUGAAGAAGUGUACUGGCACGAAUUGUAUACUGAGUUGGAUUAUUGUUCCUCUGGCUGUCGUCAUGAGUUUGGUUUCUGCACUCGCAGCUUUCAUUUCGAUUGGCGAUUGGCAGUAUUUCAGGAAAAUAGGCUUGAAGCCAAGUGAGACCCGGGAGGAAACAGACGAGGUGAAGCUGGAGUCUGCUCAGGUUAGGACCAUAGACAUCGACCCCAAGGUCAGCAGACCCAAAGAGAGCAGGACCCGAGAUAGUGGGAACAGAGAUCAUAGUUCCAGAGAUACCAGGGACAGUCGGCCCUUUAGAUAG